AUGGGCCAGGACUUUGUGCCCAGCGUCGGCUGGCUGGUCCGCUGGAAGCGCCGAAACAACGUGGGCUUUGGGGCGCGGCACGUCCCGGUGCCUCCGCGCCCGCCCGAGCGGCCGCCGGCCUCUCGCCACCUCCCUGGCGCGCUGGCCAGCAGCUGGCCUCCGCGCAAGGCGCUUUCCUUCUGGCCUGCUGCAACGAAAGGGAGGCGCGGGCGGGGGGCGCUCCACGCUGCGGCCAACCCUCCCCCCCAACGGGCUCUCUCGUUCCAGGGCGCACCCUACGACGCUCACGCCGCGGGCAUGACGGGUGCCAUCAGCUACCACCCCUACGGCAGCGCGGCCUACCCGUACCAGCUCAAUGACCCCGCGUACCGCAAGAACGCCACGCGGGACGCCACGGCCACGCUCAAGGCCUGGCUGAACGAGCACCGCAAGAACCCCUACCCCACCAAGGGCGAGAAGAUCAUGCUGGCCAUCAUCACCAAGAUGACCCUCACGCAGGUGUCCACCUGGUUCGCCAACGCCCGCCGGCGCCUCAAGAAGGAGAACAAGAUGACCUGGGCCCCAAGGAACAAAAGCGAGGACGAGGACGAGGACGAGGGCGACGCGGCCAGAAGCAAGGAGGAGAGUCCCGAGAAGGCGCAGGACGGCGCCGAGACCUCCGCGGAGGACGAAGGGAUCAGCCUGCACGUGGACUCGCUCACCGAUCACUCCUGCUCCGCGGAGUCCGACGGGGAGAAGCUGCCCGGCCCCGCCGGGGACCCCCUGUGCGAGUCGGGCUCGGAGUGCAAGGAUAAAUACGACGAGCUGGAGGACGACGAGGAGGGCGACGAGGAGGGCCCGCGGGACCUGGCGCCGCCCAAGCCGGUGACCGCGUCGCCGCUCACUGGCGUGGAGGCGCCGCUGCUGAGCCCCCCCGACGCGGGCAAGGCCGGCGCGCACCCGCUGGAGCCCCACUACCGCCCCCCCGGAGGCAGCUACGAGCCCAAGAAAGCCCCCGUCCUUGCGGACCACAGCCCCCAAAGGCCGGCCGCCGAGGGAGCCCGAGCCGGGUCCGCCGGGCGCGGGCGGCGCCGCUCCCUGCUCUGCCCGAGCGGCCGGUGCGGGGAGGACGCCCGGAUGCCCUUCCAGCCCUGGGGCGGCCUCCUGCUCCGACCCGGAUGCGGGCGAGGGCUGCGCGCUGGUCGGCGGGGGCGUCCCGCCCUACCUAUAGAGCGGGCUCCAGUGCAAACAGAUGCGGAGCCGGCCGCGCUGGGCCAGCCCCCUGAGCCCGGCGCGCGCGCCCGCGGAGGCCGCAGCCGGGAGCCCGGAGCCGGGAGCCGCCCGGUGCCCCCGGCCGGCCGGCCGCGGGCGGAUCCCGGAGAGCUGGCUGCUGCUGCGAGCGAGCGAAGGAUUCGGGACCGCGUGGCUUUUCCCCGGGCCCACAGGGCCCUGCCAGCAGCGGACGAGGCUGGCUCCAGAGACCGCGGCCAGCCGGCCAGCCGGCUGCGGGCCUUCCCCAGCCAGGGCUUUGCUGGCCUAGAGACCCGGGUGCCUGGAGGCGGGGCAGAGGGCACGACCGGGUCCCCUGGGGCCGAGCCGGAGCCGGUGCAGCCUCCGCCCCCUGGCGGCUGCCCCGCAGCCCAGCCCGCUGCCCCGCAGAGCCGCUCCGAGCCGCUCCGGGCACAGGGCUGGGAGCAGCUGUGGGGGGACAUCGUCCUUAACACCCCGCCACUGCCCCUCGCUCGCUCGCUGGUGGCCCCGGAACGCUCCCUGACCUUCGCGUGUGACACACCCCUGCAGCCCGCUGUGCUGAUCCUGCUGGAGCGGCAGCCAGUUCUUCUUUCUAAGAAAGAUAAAAACUGGCUGCUGCUCAGGGCGCCCAGUCCCGCCACCAGCAGAGGGGACCCAGCCCCGAGGAAGCGGGGCUCGGGCAGCCCCAGGCAAAAGGAGCCAAGAGCGGCCGGGGAAGGUGCCCGAGCCAAGGGGCUGGGCAGCGCCCGCAGGGGCCCAGAGCACAGCUCCCCGAAAGCCUUCUGCGGCCACGAGAGCGCGCAGGUCUUGCGAGUCCCCACUGCCAUACUGACCCUGGAGUCAGGGCGGCCCACACAACCGGGAAGGACAGCGGCGUCCUCAGCCUCAGCCACCGCGGUCCAGGAACGAGAUGGCCAGUGCGCCCUGAGCAGUUCUGCGGGUGCCAACCGGUCCCCGGCGCAGCGCUCCCGCGACCUGCGCAAGGUCCGGUGGCUGGCAGGGUCCAGCCUGGGGCAGGUGUCGGUCCCGCCCGUCCCGCUCUAG